GUUCCCCUAUGUGUCCGUACCAGAGCAGGCAGGGAACAGGGGAGUCCGCCCCGGCACCGGAGCGGAGCCUGCCGGUCCGCCGACCUCCCCGGCGGCUCCAGGAGAGCGGGGACCCCGGAUCUCGCUGUCCGGUGAACAUACUACAGGCUGCUAGUAGUUUACCCAUUGAGGUAUGGCGGAACACAGGGGAGUUGUUCUGCUCCGACUCCGAGACCCCUCGCCAUCCGAUCCGACCUGCUGCCGGUGAUGCGUUUCUCGGUGUGCUUUACGGUGAGGAAGCGCUGCACGACAUGGGCUCUGUACCUCCAAGGCGGUCCUGGACUGGAGACGACCGCGGCGGCGGCAGCAACGACGUCGUCGGUGCCGUCAGAUUCAGCGUCAACCUCACUCUUAGUUGGAGGACUAUUGAAGUGAAAGUAACACACUGAUGUCCAUCACUGCAAUCGAGCCACAACCGGCAACUGUCUUGUUCGGCCUUUUCACUUUGCUUUCCUCUUUACUGGCUAUCUGGCAGUCGAGCUACGUGCAGGUGUUGAAGCAACCAUUGAAGUAACACGUAGAUCGCAGCGAUCGAGCCUGUGAGCAUGCCCUCCAACAGACCAACACAGUUCGCACUUUGCAGUCAGCACUUGCUUGAUAUCAAAUAGGUGAAGGCAGAUCUGCUACUCGUCUCCGACGCAGUUGACAUCAGGCACAUAAAAAGGUAAUCAAAUACUAAGACAUAACCAAGCAUCAGUCGUCAUAUAUCCCAUCAUGCUGUAUUCGUUUGCUAUUUUACAGUUGUUAUUAAUUACUAAGACGCAGUUUGAAGGUAAUCAAAUACUAAGACGCAGUUUGAAGGCAGCACUUCGUUUUCUGUUAAAAGUUGUCAAGUAUUCUCUGCUCUAACCAUUGCACUGCUCUGGUUGUUAUUAAUUUGUAGAUGGGGUACUCUGGAUUGCUGAGGCGUAUACUAUUCUGGUUACAUGAUUAAUGAUUAACAAAAGAAUUUUUAGAGGAUGGGAAUGGUUUCAUACCCACCUGUCUUCUGUCACUAUCCUUUGCUGAAGCAGAACCUACCUGCCCUGUUUUCAUAUUUUCUUCCUAUACAUCUAAAUAAGGGGUCGGUCCAUCUCUCCUAAAAAUUUAUUUCAAUUCUUGUUCUCUCGCAAGCAAUUCCUUGUUACUUGCUCUUCCAUUUUUCUUGGUUCACUUGCUCCGUUGUCAUCCUAUGGAGGAGUUUACAACUCCUAUCAAUAAUUAUUAUACAUCUGGACACUGCAUAAACUUUAUUUUUUCUAUCUGGUAACCAUGUGAAUAUUUUUUUAUUAUAUUUUACUGCAACACUUAUACAUAGGUUUUUUUAACUACAUUUAGUACAAAAGCCAUUUUUAUUCUCUACAAAAAUUCUCUGUUUAUUCCCUCUUUCAUUUGACACUCUUAUAUUGAUUCUUUCAGAACAGUUCAUAUCAAUUUGCUAGCCCACAGGAGCUUUUGUUUCUUGUCCUAAUGUAUGUUUUUCAGAGAUUAUUUCACAAGUUGGGGCACCCACAUUGUUUUUCCUAUAAAAGUUCUUGAGUAAUUAGGAAUGGAUAGUGGAGCUACUGACCGUGAAGUAUGGGAGAAAAAAUUGGAGAAAAAGCUGCAGGAUCCAACUGCAGAACCAAUGUCCUUGCCACUGGAAUUUUUGAAAGUCGUCACAUGCGAUUUUUCCACUGAACGAGAACUUGGCAGGGGUGCGUAUGGAGUAGUAUACAAGGGAGUUCUCCGGAGCGGCAAAGUUAUUGCUGUAAAGAAGAUUUUUGAUGCACAUCUAUUGGACUUGGACAAUAACAAUAAUAAUAAUAAGCAAUUUGAGAAUGAGAUCAUUUGUCUUAUGAGGGUCAGGCACCAAAAUGUUGUACAGCUUGUGGGUUACUGUGUCCAAAUCAGUUCAGAAGUGAUGAUGCUACCGAGUGGGGAAUAUGCUAUGGUUCAAAAUCAUGCAUGUUUGCUCUGCUUUGAAUUUCAAUCUAAGGGAAGCCUUGACAAACAUGUUUCUGUCCUUGAUUGGGAUACGAGAUAUGAGAUAAUUACGGGAGUUUGCAGAGGUUUGCAUUAUCUUCAUGAUGAAUGUCAUAUUGUUCACCUGGAUCUUAAACCUCAAAAUAUACUGAUGGAUUCUGCAAUGAUGCCAAAAAUUGCGGAUUUUGGUUUGUCAAGGCUUUUGGGUGAACAAAAAUCCAAAACUGUUACUGAAAAGCUUCCAGGAACACUUGGAUAUAUGGCCAAAGAAUACAUAGACCACGGAAUUAUCUCCUCUAAGGCAGAUAUAUUCAGUUUGGGUGUCAUAAUCGUAGAGAUAAUCACAGGUCACAGGGACUAUCCCAAUAUUGGCGAGAGAACUGAAACAUCUCUCAAGCACUAUACAGACGAAGUGGUUGGAAGUUGGAAGAACAGACUUCUAGAAAUGACACCCAUGCAUAUGUCACUGGAAAUGAAUAUCCAACAAGUGGAGCAAUGCAUCUCUAUAGCCCUGAAGUGCUUGGAACCUGACUCAAAGAAAAGGCCGACUUCACUGGACAUAGUUCAGAGUCUAAAUGCACUAGGACCAAAAUGUACAUCUCCUGGAAAAACCGUUGCUGCGAAGGACAGAAGACAAAACAAAAUUUUUCAGAACCGAAUUAAUGUGAACAUAAUCAACAUACCAAAUGCCAUUGGAGUCAUCAGCGGCCUCAAUGAGUGUGCCAAUUUAUUCCAGUGGGUUACAUCAGCCAUUUCAUCUAUGAAAUCCCAGUCCAAUGAAACACUCCGAGGAGGUAUAUGCCAGUUGCAUAGUGACCUUCAAUGCCUUACUGAUACUCUACCAGCAGUGUACAACCUCAUUAAUCGAGCAGAGUGGAGGAUCCAUGAUAAUUAUGUGGCUGAGCUCCUUUCAAGACUCAAAGACGCAGUGUAUGAUGCAGAGGACCUUGUAGAUGAGUUCAGAUGGUACGAGACAAAAGUUUCAGUAGAGGGCAAUGCGUCUGCAGUGGAACCAGUCAUUGACUUCUUUCAUAGUGUCACUCAAGCUAGCUUCAACAAGGUGACUGAUAUCCAGAAGCGACUCAGUCAUCUUUCCGGACAGCUUGAGAAAAUGGGCUUACUUCAAACAGUUCCACGGUUUGAAAAAUCAUUUAGGCCUGAGACCACCUCUUUCCCCACUGAGUCAAAGAUUUUUGGUCGUGAUGAGGAAAAGAAGAAGCUGAUCAGGUUGCUUGGUGUACCAACAAAUAAUGGCGUGGAUACUUCUGGACGCAAGAGAAAAAGAAGUGGAAUCUAUUCAUCAGCAAGUAACCAAAUUUGUGCUACCAUUGAAAGUAAUGAAGCAAUAGUAAAGAGUGUGCCAGUUUUGCCCAUUGUUGGAAUUGGGGGUGUUGGAAAAACCACCUUGGCUCAAGAUAUUUGCAACCAUUCAAAAGUGAAACAUCACUUUCAGCUGAUAAUUUGGAUUUGUGUCUCAGAUGAUUUUAAUGUCAAGAGAUUAACUAAAGAAGCCAUAGAACAAUCCUGUGGGAAAGUGCCAAAAAAUGAUAAUCUGAAUUUUCUUCAGAGUUCUCUUGCAAACAGCUUGAACACUAAAAGAUUCUUAAUUGUCCUCGAUGACAUGUGGGAUGAAAAUGAGCUGGAUUGGAAGCAAUUUUGUGCACCUUUUAGAAAUGUACUUCGGGGAAGCAUGAUGCUUGUCACCACUAGGUCACUGAAGGUUGCUGAUGUAGUGUGUACAAUGGACCCCUUUCCCUUAGAGGGUUUGAAACAAGCUGUCUUUCGGAAGUUCUUUAAAUUGUGUGUGUUUGGAUCUGAGACCUCCAAAAAUUAUCCUGAGUUGGAACAGAUUGGUGAAAAAAUACUCCCAAAGUUGAAAGGCUCUCCUUUGGCUGCAAAAACUGUUGGACGGUUAUUAGGAAUGAGCCUUGACCUAGCACAUUGGGAUGGGAUUCUCAUGAGUCAGUUGUGGGAGCUUAGGCAAGAUGCCACGGACAUUUUGCCGGCUCUUCGGCUGAGCUACAUGUAUUUACCAUCCUAUUUAAAGAGGUGCUUCUCAUUCUGUGCUGUGUACCCAAAAGACUACAAGUUCAAGAAGAAAGAUUUAGCUGAAAUUUGGGCGGCAGAAGGCUUAGUGGAACAUCAACAUACUGGUGAGCAGUAUUUUGACCAACUUGCACAUCUGUCAUUUUUGCAGAAAUAUCCACGGUCCCAUGAGAACUAUGUAAUGCAUGAUUUGAUGCAUGACAUGGCACAACUGGUUUCAAAGGACGAGUGCUUUAUAGUAAAAGAAAAAAAUGAUCUUCCUAAGAUCCCUCAGAAUGUCCGCCAUCUGUCAGUGCUCAAAGGCGGAGAUGUUCAGUGUUCUGACUUACUGAAGCAUGACAUGGCACAGCAUAGAAAGCUGCGCACCCUAUUUUGCCACCUGUCUUUAAAGAGUGAGACUGAUAAUACUAUGAUGAAGAAAUGGUGUAAUGAACUUCGGUGCAUGCGUGUCAUGGUCUGUUCUAUCUCUAAGUGGGGCUUACCAGGUAGUAUUAGCAAUAUGAAGCUACUUCGGUACCUUCAAAUCCUCAACUCUAGCCUUUGCAAGAGCCUUCCUUCAGCAUUCUGUUGCCUCUAUAACAUGCAGAUAUUUUACGCUGCGAAAUGGGUUAUUGAUGACAUUCCUAGCAGCAUUGGUAUGCUGAUCAAUAUGCAGAAAUUUGAGACAGGGACGUGUCAAUUUCAUCAUAGACGUAUACAUUCAGUGGAUGUUCGUGAAAGUGCAAGUGCAACUGACAAAGGGCAGAGAGGGCAAUUCAGGAUUGGAAACUAUAAAGGUGAAUCUCUUCCAAGCUGGUCUCAUCCACAAAACUUAGAGCAGAUUCACAGUUACGAUAGCACUAAUAGCACUUUCUCGUCCCUGACUGAUGUAAAAAUUAUAAAUUGCCGAAACUUAUCAAGCAUCGAUCAAUUUCUACAACCAGCUUAUAUGCCCAUCAUCAAUAAAAUAGAAAUUUCCUGCUGUGCAAGUUUAGAAUCGGCGCCAACUGAGAGGUUUGGAGAUUUGCGUUUCCUUGAAGUACUGAGUGUGUCCCAUUGUCCAAUGAGCAAAUCACGACGGUUGUUUGCCCCGUCCCUAAAGGAGCUGUAUCUGGUAUGCUCUGGGAAUCUCGGAUACAACAUCGAGUGUAGUUCUCUCACCAUCUUCAAUUUAUCAGGCUACCCUCUUCAAUCCAUCGAACUGCAAAUGUGGAAUCUUCCAUUACUGCAGAAGCUCGAGAUAUGUGGUUGUUCCUCUCUGACAAUUAUUAGAGAUUCGGAACUUAUAUCCAGUGACCUUUCCCUUGGCGGGGCCAGAGAAGCAGACUGGGGAAGUUCCCGAGACUCACUCACCUAACCAUUUUGGGCUGCGAUAAGCUUAAAACUAUCGAUGACCUUCUACAUCUCCCUGCCGUUGAGAGUAUUAUGAUUUGGUCCUGUGAAUUGCUGUCCCUGCCAGCAAAUAGAUUAGGAUGUUUUCCUUGCCUGCAGCAUUUGGACAUUUCAGGGUGCCGAAGUCUCGACUGGCAAAGUGGAAUGUUGUUACCAUCGUCCCUCCAAAGCCUCACGUUAUCGAGUUGUUGGGAUUUCUUUGCCUGGAUUCCCAGUUGCCUGCAGGACCUCACCUCCCUUGAGUCACUGCAGAUUUGUGGCUGUGAAUGCAUAGUGUCCGUUCCUGGCAAUCUGUGGAGCACUAAUCUCAAAUCACUUCAGAGAUUGGAGUUUCGUCAUUGUCCAGAGCUUAUAUCAAUUGGUGGACCAAACGCAACUGCAAACAUAAGAGAUGUAGUUAUUGAAGACUGCCCAAAGUUUGAGGGACACGCAGGCUCAGGGUCUUUUUCUAUGUUGGAACAUGGAAUUUAAAGACGGUUGAGAUGGAGCAAAUAGCUGCAGGGUUUCAAGCGUCAAGACCCACUGAGAAAACAAAACCAAUCACUUAUCCGGAAUGGCCGAAUCUGGUUGUUAUGUUCUUAUGGGUGUUCUGUUCCCUUUGCUGCAAGGUGACAUGAAAAAACAUUUCACAGACUCUGGUUUCUGUUAUAUGCCUAAUGGUGUUGUAUCUGUGAUCUAUCUAUUUGCGAUUCCUGGUUCUGUGCAAAAUAAGUCGGGGCACAACACUACAACACUUACAUUAUAUUACAUAUCUUGUAACUGGAAGAGGGGCAAGAGGUGGAGUAGCCCCUCCUUUGUCUUGUGUUUGGUUUGUGGAAAAAUUAUAGAGACAGUUGCAAUAUUGCGCACGUUUUGAACUCUAAUAACUGCAUGUUUGUCUCUGUUUUUUUAAUUUUACAUAUUCACCCCUGUUUUCUGAAUAUAAAGCUGCCGUAUGCGGUAUGCCCGCCCUUGUUUCUCAACUCCUUGAGUUGCUGGUAAAUAAUGGAUCACUGGGUUGGCUGUCA